UGUAUGGUACAGAUGUUUAUUUAGAAAGUUUUAUCCUAUGGGAUUUUAGAUGCCAUGUAUAUAAAGAGAAGAAAUAUCGCUACUUCUGUAAUGGGGUGGUGUCAUUAUUCUUGUUGGCUUUAUGUAUAUUUAUCAUACUUCCCUAGUGGUAAAGUCGCACCAGAAAUUUAAUACUUACAACAAAUUUGUUUAAAAAGACAUAAAUUAUAUGAAAUUUAAAAAACAACAUACUAUUUACACCAAAGAUUAUUAAGAAAUAAGCAAAUAAAUAGCAAUAGUUAAUUCACCGGAUGAUGUCAAUGAACUUUUCUAAACAAUGAAAUCACUUUUGCUUUGUUUUAUUAGAUAAUGUAGAUUCUGCAACAAAAAGUUUGCUGGUCGUGAAUGGAACUUUUGGAGAAAAGAAAAUAACACUACGAAUAAUUCAACUUAAUUGUAAAUGAAUGGUAGGACAAUAAAAAAAUAAUAUAUCCGUCGUAUAUAUUCAAAUAACCAAUACACUCAGCUUCGUAGAUUUGAAAAGUUGCAUCAAGAAUUGACAACGCCAAGCGCACCGGCUAUAAACAAAUAAUAUAAAUGUCAGCCCCAAAUUAAUAAAAACAUAAAAUUAGGUAUUAAAAAAUAUAAAAAACGAUAGCAAAAACACAACCAACAAUGAACUCGGAAGGUAGUGAAUUGGAGUCCUCUAACAAUGGGCGCGUCAUAUACCAUACCUCUCAAAACGCGUCUACAAUAGGUUCCUCAGUAGCAGCCCGUAAGAGUAAUUCCAAUGUGUCUGUUAACAAUCCAAAUACCAUCUUAAGUAACACAAUGUGUUCAUUGGGGGUCAUCGGUCAUGGGAACGCAGCAACAGAUGUUAGCAAUGAUUCGAAUUUAAAUAAUGAAUUGGUUGCACCGACUGGUGGAAUUGUUGGCAAGUUCAGUGAAAAACCGCAAGAGCGCUACGUAUGGGAAAUGCGCACGCGCAGUCCAAAUGUUACACCAGCUAGCACUGUGCUUAAUUCUCCUGACUUGAAUACGGAUGUGCAAUAUGCAUUGCAUCAUCAGCAUCGGCAACAUCAUCACCAAAUAAGAGUUGGCCGUAGUCCCGGCAGUCAAUUCGAACAACAAAGCGUAAUGCCUCAAGGUCUCGCCAGCCCAGGAGGAUCACCAACGGAUGUCGGUAAAGUUGGUGCACAAUGCUUGCGCGACGGUGAAAUAGUGGUAUUCGAUGAUAUUGACACCAAUUGGAUGAAUAAAACCAAUACUUCCGGGUUUUCAAAUGUCCUUAAUUCUACGCAGCACACGAACAGUGUCUCAGAGAACUAUACGUCAGUACAUCAUCAACACAACAAUGAAGAUAUACUCAAGGUCACCAAAAUGAUAGGUCAGCUACCGAUUGCCGAGUAUGAAGGUUCGCCACGCCGCUUUGGCAAUCAACCAUUAGGCAAUAACAAGCAGGCAGGGACUUGUGCACUACCCAAACGUCCGCCAGGUUUUCCACAGCGCGUGUCACCAAUCGCAAGUACACAGCAAUACUCAACAAUACAACAACAACUAAUGCAACAGGAUGUUAAUUCACGUCCGGCACAAUGUGCACAACGGAUUUUACAGCAGCAACAACAACAACAUUAUUAUGCGACAACACCAACGUCCGCAACAGCAGCCACAACUGCUGCUGUUGGUUUAAAUAACUGCCGCGAUAAUAAAUUAGUUGGUAAUUUGAUUGAUAUCGACGAAAGGACUGCAACCGCUAUUGAUGGGCCCCCAGUUAAAACGCCAGCCUUCGAUUACUUGUAUGAGUGUUCAGAAACCCGAAAAGUGCUCGAAGAUUUCUUCAAAGCGAAUUCAGAAGAUGAAAAACGUUUUACAGACUACACUGAAAGUGGUGAUGACGUCGGCAGUUGUGAUACCCAUCUGGAGUAUGAACAAGAGUGCGAACGUGAGCGGGAGGAAGGAAAGCAUAUAGAGCAGGCGUACAUAGGACAACGUUUAGCUAGAAUACCCAAAGACGAAUUAAAUAUGGUCCACCGAUCGCCACGCAAGCAACCUUGUGAGUCGGUUUGCAAUGAAAACAAUGACAUCGAGUUAUACAUAGAUUCAAAUAGUCGUAGCAGUGGAGACUUAGCCGACACAGAAUUAGAAGCAAAUCUACGCCGGCAUUCGCGCAAUUUUACGCUGUCUCCUGAGACCACUGACUACGAUUCAAAUUGUGGUGAUCUCGACAGUUUGUCGAAUGACAUCAAUUGCCCCACGGAUUAUGGUAAAUUAUACACUAGUAUGCCUGUACUAGAGGAUGGUCUAUCGAGCGGCCAUGCAUCAGAUACGGAAAAUAAUGUAAAUACGGCAGUUGAGAAUGAAAAACAAAUAUUUGAUAGCAACUGCACGGAGAAUUGCCAAACGCAACCGCAGCAAUAUCAAGUACAACAACAACAUAUGCCACCUGUAAUGCUGCAAAAUAAUGAGUAUAACGCGAGUUUCGCACACGAGUGCCAUGAUAGUUGCAUUUCAAACACUUUGGGGAACAACGCUCCAAUGGACGGCAAUUUAAUAAGCGAUUUAAAUGAUGUGCCUGAAAAUAUAAUUCAACAACAACAGCAAACACACCAUUCUGAUCAGCAGUUGUGCAGUCAUGAACUAUUGCACAACGAAAGUAGUUGCUGCAACAACAAUUCCGAUAUUUGCUUAAACACUUCGAAUGAGCUGAGACAUAACGAUUCCAAUUACGAUGCAGUCUACGCACCAGCCAUGAACACACAACAAUCGCCACCGCCAACGCAAGUGUCUGCUACAUAUCGCCAGUGCGUUCGCACAAAACAGCAACGUGAGUCUGCUGAUAUACAGGAGGCAAUGAAGGAGAUACGGUCGGCGCUGCAACGUGCCAAAACGCAGCCAGAGAAAUUAAAAUUUUGCGAUGAAGUGUUACCGCCCGAUCCAGAAUCACCAGUUUGGGUGCCGCGUAAAACAUCGCCAACGAAUGCUGCACUAACAGCCAAUCGAUUGGGCGGUCACCAUUUGCAUAAUAUGAAUUGUAUUGGCAAUGAUGAGCAUACUGGCGGCACUGUCGCAAGGGAGGAGGAGGAACCAGACACAGAUUUGGAGACGGAUAGAUUGCUGGGGCAGCAGCGUGUGGAUGAGCAAGGUUUUUACGAUGAAAAGCAGACAAUCUGGCCGAAAACGUCACGUAUUGGUGGUGGCACCGAUUCAAACGAUCAGUCGCCCAGCACUUCGGACAUAACAAUGCUCACUACAAAUUCCGUUAGUAUUAAACCGCAAGCUUUCUCCUCAGCUACAAUACGUCAGGGCAUCGGUACAGCGUUGACGCCCAGUUCGCCAGAACAGUGCCAGAUUGUGGGCAGCGCAGAUGUUACGCUCACAUCACCUGAAAAGUUGCAAUUCUCAAAAAGUCCAACGGGUUCUAUCAAAUCGCUCAAAGAUUCGGCGAAUAGCGAUAAGAAAGCGAAGACACGCAACAAGGAGGGACUAUUGGAUCCUGCAGUGCUAAUUGAAGGGGUACUUUUUCGGGCACGCUAUUUAGGCUCAACACAACUGGUGUGCGAGGGGCAGCCAACAAAAUCAACGCGCAUGAUGCAAGCCGAAGAGGCUGUGUCACGCAUUAAGGCGCCAGAAGGUGAGAGCCAACCCUCGACAGAAGUCGAUCUAUUCAUAUCAACCGAAAAGAUUAUGGUGCUCAACACAGACCUCAAGGAGAUUAUGAUGGAUCACGCCUUGCGCACAAUCUCCUACAUAGCGGAUAUCGGCGAUUUGGUUGUGUUAAUGGCGCGUCGUCGGUUUGUGCCGUCCGACUCAUGUGGCUCCGAUGUAGAUGUCACAAAUGGCUGUGGUAAUGGCAAUAAAGAUGUUCAAGAGAAUGGCACAGGUUGCGGUGGUGCCGGUGCAAAUACUAGUGGUUGUAAUAGCGGCACUGGGAACGGUGGUGGCACUGCCAAUGGCAUUAGCAGCUGCAACGUUGGGAACGGUAGUAAUAAACAUAAUCGCACACCGAAAAUGAUUUGUCAUGUGUUCGAAAGCGAUGAGGCACAAUUUAUUGCACAAUCAAUUGGUCAAGCCUUUCAGGUGGCUUAUAUGGAAUUUCUAAAAGCGAAUGGCAUCGAAGAUCAUAGCUUUGUGAAGGAGAUGGACUAUCAGGAGGUGCUCAAUAGUCAGGAGAUUUUCGGUGAUGAGCUGGAAAUAUUCGCCAAGAAGGAAUUGCAAAAAGAGGUUGUUGUACCCAAGGUGAAAGGUGAAAUACUCGGUGUGGUGAUUGUGGAAAGCGGUUGGGGCUCAAUGCUGCCCACAGUGGUGAUAGCCAAUCUUAUGUCGACGGGUGCGGCGGCGCGUUGUGGCCAAUUAAAUAUCGGUGAUCAAUUGAUUGCCAUUAAUGGCAUGAGCUUGGUGGGCCUGCCGCUGUCCACAUGCCAGAGUUAUAUACGCAAUGCGAAAAAUCAGACAGCGGUCAAAUUCACUGUCGUGCCGUGCCCACCUGUAGUUGAGGUGAAAAUCAAACGUCCAAACACUAAAUACCAACUUGGUUUUAGUGUGCAGAAUGGCGUGAUUUGCAGUUUGCUGCGUGGCGGCAUUGCAGAGCGCGGUGGUGUGCGCGUUGGCCAUCGCAUAAUCGAAAUCAACAAUCAGAGUGUGGUGGCGGUGCCGCAUGAAAAAAUCGUCAAUCUGCUCGCUACAUCUGUGGGCGAGAUCUUAAUGAAGACCAUGCCUACUUCAAUGUUCCGCUUACUCACGGGACAAGAGAAUCCCAUAUAUAUUUAAAUUACACUUAACUACUACACUAUUUCACAUACUUACAUAUUGGCAUUUAUGCAGCCUCAGUGUUAACUUCAUGUGAACGACAUUCCCAAUGAAAAACCCACACAUUUGUGUUUCUCACAUUUUCGAAAGGGAACAAGUAUCGAUUUUAACAAUUUAAUUAAUUUUAAUAACUUUUUAAAUAUAAACUUAGGGUUUUAAAUAUAUGCAACCAUAGUUAAGUUGUGCAUAGCAUAGUUGUGUGGUGGAGGGCGUAUCAAAAGUCUUCAAGACUAUUGUAGCGUUUUUAAAGCGUAAGUGUAUGCUAUAAAGAUAGCAGGGCAUCUAUUGUUUCGAAGCGUAGAAUCCUUCAGAGAAAUGACGAAUCACUCUGGUAGCAAUGCGAUUAUACUAGCAAUGGCUUCGCUGACUACGCGCUCGAGACUGGUUGAAAAAUUUCUCCCACUUUCAGUCGAUGCCAAUUAGAUCUUCACGACCUACUCAUCUAACACCCCUUUCCCUUUGGUCCAACCCUGUCGAAACAGCACGUUUCCUGGGCCUUCCGUUAGAUGAUUUCGACGACAACUAGACUUAUGCUCUUCUUUUCAGACAGGGAUAGAUAACCGCUACAACAACAACAACAACAGAUCUUCACGAUUAGCCUAAUUUGGGUGCCUGGCCACAGCGAAAUCCCAGGAAAUUGUAAGACUAGACAUGUCCGUCUUACCGACAGGUGACUGGGAGGAAGAAGGGUAGAGUACCUACCUCCUACCUCCUACUCCUCCUAUUGUGAUUUUCCACUGGACAAUUAGGCUUCAGCUGAUCUGCAUAAGCGCUGGUCAUUCGCAAGAUUCUAUUGACUCAAGCAAAAUCGUAAGAUACUGAGGGAAUUCUUCGUCCUCAGUAAUAUUUCCUUAGUUGUAGGGUCCAUUAAAAAUUGUAUCAGGUGCUAGCUGCAAAAUUUGCCUGGAAGAAGAUACUUUCACUUUCUUAUGAAAUGCUCGGCUUAUAAGAGAUUGAGACUAGAAUUCCUUGGAUCUCACUUUUUUGAACAUCCUCGCGAGAUAGCGGUUUUAGAAGUAAAAAACCUCACGGCACUUUGUCGAGUCUAAAUAUCUAGUUAGGGGUUUAUGUGACUGCACAAAGGACUGUUCUUAUACUCUGGGUGUAUUCCUUCUCUUGUGGGGAACAGCCAUAAAAGCUUGCCUAAAGUCUAUAAACAAAACACAGUUGAAGGUGUUGGUGGAAAAUCUUGAUAUAGUAACGAGCUUUCACAAAGAAAAUAAACAUGAUUUCUUGAAUAUCAAGGGGCCACCAUCUGAAUCGAUUUCUGAAUAGUACAAGUUUGUCAAGUUGCUACCCAAUGUGCGUCCGUUCAACUUGUUUUUAUUACAUUAUCCCAUAUUCUUCACCGUAAAGAACGCAAGUCAGGCCAACACUGGAAAUUGUUAUGUUGAUAAUUUAUGCUUUUUUGCUGAAACAGUCGCACAAUUGGCUUUAUAAACGGGAUCUUCAUUUGUAGCACCAAUACGAGUUAUCAAAAGAAUCAAAACAAAAAUAUUUGUGACAGAAUGAGAAAAUUCGAAUAUACGUUUUCAUACGAAUUUUUCUUUCUUCUGGAAUAAAAUUUUUGGGAAUGCUUUAUUCACUUGGAGUUUACAAUAAGGCUGAUAGUAUUUUUUCAUUCAAUUGAGUUCAAUUUGAAACUUGUGCUAAAUUAAUUAUAAUAUUUUCAUACAUACAUAUGUACUAAUUACACUCACUACGCUGUACUAUUAGCUAAGUAAGUGCAAUAAUUUUAACAAAAUGAGAGUAACGGAAGUGGCGUGUAUAAUUUGUGCAAAAGUACAGCACUGUGCAAACUUUUGGUAUUUUGCUAUUUUGUAUGGAUAUGCAAAAAUAACUAACCAAGUUGCUUGGACAAACACCUUAUGCCUGAAUAUCAACACACUUGCAUAUACAAGUAGGCUGCGAUAUACUCGCGUGAAUGUCGUUAAAAAUAUAUACGCUAAUAAUUUCGCUUAUAUGCAUACAUACAUACAUACUCGUACAUAGAUAACAUAUUUUUUACUGCUAACUUACAAAUUAUAACUAUGUAUCACUAAACUAUGAAAUCUACACACACUUACAUUUAUAACAUUGCUUUUCUAUGCAACACGCUGAUUUCAAAAUAUGUAAACGGUAGAUAAAUAAGUUUUGAAAUGUCUCUAAAAGUUGAAUGGCUUCAAUGCUCUGAUGCUUGAUCUUGUGAAUUAGAAUCAAAACAAACAAACAAAAACAAAGAGAAAUGCAAACAAAUAAUCAAUCAAUCACUACUAUACGAAGAACAAAAGCGAAAUCACUAAAUGCAUACAAAUAUUUAUAAAAGACUGACAAUGUUUUAAGUUUUUUAUUUAAUGCGCUUAAGCGAAAGGUUGUCAUAAAAUCGUUAAUAAAACAGUAAUGCUAAUGUAUAAAAUUAUGCAGCAUGUAGCUUAACAGUGGUGCCACAGCAAGGCAGAGAAUUGUUUUAACAAAUUUAGUUAUUUUCAACGGUUUUCUGGGUUUCACAGCGCAGGCCAUACAUGUACGGUAUUAAAGUUUGUUUAAAUAUUAUUAUUAUUAUUUUUAAUGACACACUCGCUUUAAGUUAGCUGAUUUUAGUUCAACUAAAGUGAAUUGUUCAAAUAGUUCUAAUAGUGCCAUUGCAUAUCAAUUGAAAUUGGUAUUAUGAUAUAUUCUAAAUGAUAUUUACGUUAAUCGCAAAAACUGAACACAUUUUGUUUAGUGUUUUUUAAUUAUUAUUAUUAUAUCAAUUAUUAGUUAUGUAAAAUAUGCGCGAAAAUUCAAAAUAUGUAUGCAAAUUUGUUUUAUAUUUAUAAUGUUUUGAUAUUAAUUGGUUGUAAUAACGAAUUUUGUGUAACUGCUAUUAACUACAUUUAUAAUUUAAUACCAAAUAUAAAUUUAUUUUGAUAAAAUAUUACAAAUAUUAUAAAGUGUUUAUGUAUAAUUAAUAAAUUUUGUAUGAUUUUAAUAUAGGCCAAUGAAGCUUUUCUUUGAUUUCCCUGUUUUUCUUAGAAGCGAUGGUAAAACGCAGGCAUUACAAAGGCAAGUGUACAUAUAUACAUAUGUGAAUAUGUAUUAUUAAAAUAAAAAGUAAUAAUAUUAUAUUUUUUGUAAGUGUAGUGACUUUUCAAAAAAUUACUUCGCUUAAUAUCUUUUUUUUUGUUUUGCGUGCAAAUGUGAAAAUGAAAUUUAAAUACAUUUAACUAGGAUUACAUAAUGGCAGCAAUAAGUAGUUAGCAAACAAACAAACAAAAACAGCAUAUCGCGCAAAUAAACUAAAAUAAAACGGAUCACACAAACUAUUUUGAUAUAUAUGCAAAGGAAGGGAAACGACGCGAAGAGUUGCGAGUGCAAGUGAAAGGAAAGUGCAGCAAAUAAAAAUAAAAUAAAAUAAAUAACAAACAAGGGAAAGCAGGAAAAAUAGGGUUAAUGCACCAAAAGGUAAAAAAUUUAAAAAAAUAAAAUAAUAAAUUUGAACAUAAACUAAUUCUCAAGAUACAUACAUUUAUGGUACACUGAAUUAAAAAUAUACAGCAGUAAACAACAAAACAACAAAGUGUGUUGUUAAUCUUGCUAAUGCUUUGCCAUGCUGUACUACUAAAUGUUUGUUAGAAAUUAACAACUGAAUUUAAUUUUUAUAGCGUUAGAAAAACUUGAUGUAUUCGACACAUAUUAAAUAAU